UGAAUCAUUAUAUUUAGACCAUAACAAAGGGUGUUUUCAAGGUUUGUGUUGUGCAAUAUUAAAUAUCUACUGGAUUAUAUGUUAUCUGAUAUUGGGUUAUAUUUAUGUUGUUUGUUUAUGUUUUCGGUGAUUUAAUUUGGAUGUGGAUUGGACAUAAACAGAUUUUGGCAUUUGAUUUAGAAUGACUGAACAUUGGUCAAGAGAAUUUUAACAUUUUGAGAGCAAGAUUUUAUUGGUUGCUGCAUUCCGGACUUCUACAUAGAGAAUGACUGAUCAUAUCUUGACAACAUUUUCCUCCAUAUUGAUGUAAAAAAUUAUCGUACUAAUUAACAGGACAGUAAUUACCGUACUGGAGUACCUAAGCGUAACCUUGAACCUUGUUUAUUUGUUAACCUGAUGUAGAAGGAUGGGUAAAGGUAGACAUCAGACAACAACAGACAAUGGACAACCCACUCCUCCUGACGGGGGAUGGGGUUGGGCUGUUGUCUUAGGAUCAUUUAUGUUACAUAUUAUUGCUGAUGGAAUUGUCUACUCAUUUGGAGUAUUUUAUAUUGAGUUUUUAGAUGAGUUUAAAGCAGGUAAAGGAGACACUGCCUGGAUAGGAUCACUUGUUCCUGGAGUUUGUCUUCUUGUUGGUCCUGUAGCAAGUGCCUUGACAAAUCGUUAUGGAUGUCGGAAAGUUACUGUAGUUGGAGCGCUGGUAGCAUCUUUAGGAUUUAUACUGAGUUUAUUUGCACCAAAUAUUUACUACUUAUAUGUUACAUUUGGUAUCUUAUCAGGUUUGGGUUUUGGAUUAAUGUACUUGCCAGCCAUUGUGAGUGUGUCACAUUAUUUUGAUACAAAGCGAUCAUUUGCUACUGGGCUAGCAGUAUGUGGGUCAGGUAUAGGUACAUUUAUAUUUGCUCCUUUGUCUAAAUUUUUGGUGGAUGAAUACAAAUGGCAGGGAGCUGCUCUUAUAGAAGCAGGGAUUAUUUUGAACUGUAUUCUUUGUGGUGCUUUAUUUAGACCAUUAACUUACAGUAUGUCAGCUAAUGAUGAAGAAAAUGGUGAAUUACAUAGUUCUGAAAAGGAAGUGCUUCUUGAUAAGAAAAUACAGAAUGGAAAUGCUGGAGAUCACGUUCCAGUAAUUACAGUUAGUGAAGAAAGAAAACCAAUUAAAGAUCAUGUACUAGAUCAAUUAAGGUUGACAGAGACAAAUAAUGUAAAUAUGUUCAGAAGUGAUGGAGCUAUUCAUAAAGUUAAUGGGAAUUAUUCAGAACCCUCAUCACCAUUAUCAGCCAUUGUUGUUCCUUCAUUUAAUCGUCAACAUUCUUUUACACCUGUCCAGAGAGUAACAGGAUCAAAUGUUUUCAAUAGGAAAGAUAUAUUUUAUAGCGGAAGUUUAAUGAACAUUCCACAAUACAAGUCUAAUCCAGAGAUGUAUAUAACAAGUAUUCAGUCCAUACCAGAAAUGAUAUCAGAUGAUAAAGAAUGGUUUCUUUUACGUUGUCUGAAUUUGUCACCGGAAAUGAAAGAUGCCAUUCAUCAAAUGUUAGACUUUUCUUUGCUUAAGGAUGUUAUAUUUGUACUGUUUGUUGUUUCAAAUAUUUGCACCAGUAUUGGUUUUAACAUGCCUUAUAUAUAUCUACCAACUUGUGCCGAGGAAGCUGGAAUUGAUGAAAACAGUAGUGCCUUUUUGGUUUCUGUGAUUGGUAUAACCAAUACAAUUGGUCGUAUUGUAUUUGGCUGGUUAGCUGACAGACCAUGGGUUAAUAGACUGAUGUUAUACAACACUGCCUUAGUUAUAUGUGGUGUUGCUACUGCUUUGAGUCCAUUAAAUAACAGUUUACCAUACCUCCAAGGUUAUGCAGCUGUAUUUGGUGCAUUUAUAGGUGUAUACGUGGGACUUACAUCUGUUGUAUUAGUAGACUUGUUAGGUAUAGAUAAACUGACCAAUGCUUUUGGUUUACUUCUAAUGUUCCAGGGAGUGGCUACUCUGAUUGGCCCACCAAUUGCAGGCUGGUUGUAUGAUGCAACAGGAAGUUAUGAUAUAUCUUUUUAUGUGGCUGGAACUGUUGUAGCUUUUAGUGGUGCUAUACUAUACAUCAUUCCUGUAAUACAGAAAUGUACCGGACGGAAGUCAUACUCAAGAAACACUGAGUUCAUUGUUAACAAUCCAGACACUUUAAACAAUGAAAUGAAAGAAGUAGAAAUGUCAGAGUUAAAGCAGUCUUGAAGAAAAUCAUGAUAGAUGUCUAAUUUGAAUAUGAAUUAGUGUAACUAAGUAAUUGCAUAAGAUUAGAAUUAUUUUUGUGAUCAUAAAUUUCACAACGAAAAGUAAAUAAUUUAAAUCAAAUAUAUGUACAUAGUACAUUUAAUAUAUCAAUUUUUGUAUAUUUCGCUAUGUAAAUGAAGCUGGUUCAUAUGCUUCAAUACAGAUCUUAGAUUAACUAUCUAUUAUAUAAGAGUAUGAAUAAUAUAUAUAUAUGUAUGUAGUACUAAAUACAGUCAGUGUCACAUAAGAAUAAGGGUUUACUUUUACAAAGAAUCAAUUGUAAUAAAAGCUGGUCACUACUCAACAAACAAACAAAAUAACAAGUUUGAUUUGAAAAUAUUUACAUCAGUGAACAAGAAUCAAUGAAAGAUAAUAGAGUGACAUUCAUUUGGGAAAAUGAUUUUUUAGCAGUUUAGUGUUUAUUGAUUUUUAAGUUGAACACAAUGAAAGGGAUAGCUAUAUUGCUGUGUUUGGUUGGUCAUUCACAGAAAUCAUAUUGACUAUAUUGUGUUCUAUUCCCACUAACUAUUAUUUUAAUUGAACUGCUCUUAUAACAGUAAUAGAUUAUAUAUGUGUUGUUUGUCGUUUUUGUUUGAAUAUCUAUAUUAUUUUUGGGGGAGCUGUGUGUUUAUUGUUUGAUAUGACCUGUUGUAUUGUCCAGUAUUUUUUGUGAUCUCUGAUAUCCUUUUUAUGUAUUAUUUGAAGUACUUAGACACUAGCCAGCCUUAUCCCAUCACAGGAUAAUCUGAAAUUAUACUUUGUUGAAUUUCUCAUGUUAUGAUUUUUUUGGUUUCAGUUUAAUUUAUUUUUACCAAUAUCAUAAAAAUCUUUAUAUAACUGAUUAGGUAUAUCUUUGUUUAAUGUUGUGUGAAAUUGAAUAGUUCAGAUAUUUAUGUGUAUCAUCAGGUCAAGUAAAUGCCUCAUGCAUAUUUCAAAUCAUACUACAAUUAUGUCAACAGUGUAGGAGAUCUCAUGAGUAAAGUCAUAUUCACUGAUUUAAAAUAGUUACUAGAGAGGUAAUGAGAUAGAUCACUGUCAGAUUCCUUGAUUUAUCUUUUGAAGGUUGCUUUAAUAUUUUUAUACAAACACCAAAAUUUGAAGUUGUAUUAUUGUUUUAGUGUAAAGUCAUCAUUUUUCUGUCUGUAGACACAAAUCCUUUUUCCAUGAUGACAUUUAUUUAGCAGAUCGGUCAUUAUGAAAUUUAGUUAAACACAAUAUUCCUUAAUAAUAAUAAUAAUAAUUCUUUAUUUAAAGAGGGUUACAAAGUUAGCUACAAAACUAAUCUUCCCUGAGGCCGGCCCUCAUGAAAUACAUUGAAAUAUAACAAUCAAAGAAUUACAAAAUAAUCAAACAACCACACACAUAAGAAAAAUCAAAUGAGAAAUUGUUAUGAAAUAUACGAUUUUCAAACAGGCAAAAAUAGUGAAUUGUCUGAAAACAGAUCAUGUUUGGGAUGCAAGACCACUUUUUUUUUAAGAUUAGGUUUUUGCCUUUGAAUCUACUUAUGUACUAAAAAAAUUCUCAUAUGUGAUUUUAAGCAAACUUGUCUAAUUUAACUCUUAAAGUUCCAUAAUCUAAAAAGCUAUCUGCAGCAUUUAUUGUUUGCAGCACAUAAUUGUGCAAAAACAGUACUUUGUAUAUGCUGACUUUUCGUACACACUUGUUCAACUUUCCUUAGUCUGAGAUUGCUCUGAUGGCAUGUCUGUACAUAUAGAAACUAUGGAAAUUGCUGACUCAGACUUUGGGCUGCAUGUUUCUGUAUUAAAAUCUUAAUAAUAUAAAUAUAAGUAAGGAGAUGUGGUAUGAUUGCCAAUGAGACAACUAUCCACUAAACUUCAAAUGAAGUUGAUGUAAGCAAUAAGUUAAGUAGAUCAAUCAAAAAACAUUCUUUGUUUCCUUAUUUAUUGGGGUAAAGAUUGCAUUACUUGAUAUCUAGAUCCCAAGAUUUAUCACUACUUUUGAUAGUUUAAACAAAAUAGUGCAGUGAAGUGAGCAUUCUUUAGAUCCUAUCCAUUCAAUAUCAUGCAAUUUAUUUAUGGUAUGUUAUACUAAUAGAUAUUCAAGUUACAAUAUGAUGUGUAUUUGAAUUAAUACUUGUCAAGAAAACUUUUUUUUGUAAUUGAAUGCAUGGCAUAUUAAUCUGUUAUAAAAAUAGGUUCAACCAUGAAAACUGAACAAAGGAAGAUAACUCCAACUUAAAUUUAUAUAUAAAAAUAAGAAGAUGUGGUAUGAUUGCCAAUGAGACAACUCUCCACAAGAGACCUAAUGACACAGAAAUUAACAACUAUAGGUCACCAUACGGCCUUCAACAAUGAGCAUAGCCCACACCGCAUAGUCAGCUGUAAAAGGCCCCAAAAUGACAAAUGUAAAACAAUUCAAACGAGAAAACUAACGGCCUAAUUUAUGUACAAAUUAUAAUUUGCUUAGCUAAAUAAUGUCACAAAAUUACCAAAUAAAAGCAAUCUUUACCCUUCAGUGCUCACAAGCACUUUGGUUGAUUUUUUACUUGACAAAUAACUAACUUUUAUUCACCAACGAAAUUCUAGGAGAGGAAUAAAACAGUAAUAGUAGAAAUACUUUUGCAUGACGUCACGAAAUAAAUUGGAAAUUCCCAAAUGUCACAAACUUGCAAGCAUAACGAACUUGCAAUCAUCGACAAUACAAUUUUUGUCAAAUAAUUACUAAUUUUUUUUCUUUUACAAAAAUUCAUUGAAAUUAUUUUACAAUAUUUUACAUCAUGAGCAAGAUGCCAGCUACUGCUUGUAUUGUGGGAUCAUCUUACCCUUCACUAAUACCUGAGUUUGACCUUGAGUUUUUGUAGGGUUCAUGUAACUCAGUCUAUUGUUUUCUAUGUAAUGUUUUGUGGGAAAAGAGAAUUGCAAUUGUACUUAACUUCAAGUAAUAUGUGAAAAUCAAUGCCGUUUUUCGUUUUACUGAAUUGGAAAAAUCUCUUCAAACAAUUAUCGUUUGACAAACUGGUUAUUGCUACAAUGGAAUUAUGUUUUAAAAAGAAACACUAUGUUAGAAUCUAUAAAAAUCAAUUCCCUGUGAUAUUUUAAAACUUUCCUUUUUGUCAUACUUGUACAAAAAUAGAACAACAACAUUUUUUUGUAAUACAAGAUAUUAAGUACUGCUUUUUAUUAUUAUUUAGGCCCAUGAGUCAGUUUCUAAACUAUAUUUAGAAGUUCAAAUAGUGACAAACACAUUUAUCAUAUGUAGAUGUGAAUAUUUUGCAUUGAAAAAAUUUCUAUGAUUGAAAAUGUCCACAAAAUAUUACCUCUGAAUGGUUUUUGCCAGUAAUGGAGACAAUCAAUGAUUAAUAUUUUUUCCACUUUGUUUAUCUUAUAUAUUUAUGAUUGUAUUAAUAUAUACAUGUAUAUUAUCUCAGAACAAUUUUUAUAAACAAAUUGAUUUGUUUAAAGAACUUGUUAAUUAACCUCCAUAGGUCCACAUUGUAGUUACAUAACCAAACAUUAGAAAAUAAUAGUAAUUGCCAUGAUUAGUUGUAAAUUAAGUUAACUGAUGUCAUCUCAUUAUAACACAUAACUAAAAUUGUUAAUUUGCAGCCAAGAAAUAUAGAUUAAUACCAAUAAUAUUUAAAAUAAUGUUAUCUCAAGUGUCAUGUACCUUUGAUUAUAACUGUAAAAGCACUAGUUUUCAAAAAGGACAGCAAGCAUGUGCUAAAUAUUACAAAGGCAUCAGGUGUCAAAUUUGGGACUUGAAAUUUAUUUUAAACAAAUGUUCAGUCCAAUCAGGAACAUAUAUAUUGACGGGACUUGACACUACCUGAUUGUAGUCGAUUUUAACGUCGUGCCAUAGUUAAUAAAGAUACGAUACAGAAACGGACAUGUGUUAAAAACGGACUCGCUAUUAUCCUAAUAAUUUCUGAUAUUAUCAAUAAAAUGUCAUUCAAAUUAGUUUUAUAGUGAUGUUAGUGUAUCAAACUUGUAUUCUGUCACUUCAAAUUUGUUAAAAUCGCAAGCAUUUCAUCACAGAAUUGUGCAGAAUGCAAUCCAGGUAAUAAAAAAAUGGCGGCCAUUGCCGCGAUGAUUUUCAAAUUCCCAAACUAUUAUAAAACACUUCACAUCAAAUAAAUCAAACUUAUUUUGGUAAUUUUAUAUGACAAAAUAUAUCUACUAAAUGAUAAAACUUGUAUUUAUUUACAAUUAGAGUUAUGUGGUUUAUUUGUUGAGCAGUUCUGAUAGUUUUUCAGUCAGACGCUACCAAAAUCCGUAAAUCUUGGGAAGUCUCGGGGAGUCCGAGAUUUUAUCAAUUUUAUACUGAAAAGCGUAUCAGAUUCAUUUCCCGUUAGAUAUACUGUUCCCAGGUCCAAUUAGGAUUAUAAAAAAUGUGACUUUAUAAAAAUGUAUAUCUUCAAUAAUUAAAUGAAAUGAAAAAGAUUAACCUUUCUAGAUUUAACUUCAGUCUUUUUUAACAGUGAUUCAACUAGUGAAGCUGCUUGUUAACGUCUUGGAUUUAUAUAGUAGUAUGAGAAUCGGGUACACCGUACCCCAAAUGACAAUUAACAGUCAAAUUUUGGUUAAAAUAUAAUGAACAUUUUUCUCUGUUUGAUGAUAACUGUAGUUCAAAAAUAUCAUGUGAUGAAUGACAAUAUAGAAUUUUAAGGCUCAUUUGAGGUUUCAUUAGUAGCUGAAAGGGGGAAAUUGACCGUAAUACAACGGAAAGUCUAAGCCCUAAUUACUUCAUAUAUAUGUAUGAAUAUUGGAAUGAGUUGGGGAUUUCUAUACCCCAAAGCUGUUAAAGUGUUUGUUAUUUUUCCAUUCAUUGUUGUUUAUUUGAUAUUUGUUUUGUAUGUUUUACUUGUUUGUUUUGUUAUAAGUUUGAUGAGUAGUUUUCAGUUAAAGACAAGAAAUACGUUUUUGAACUUGUAAAUCUGAGAAAACAAGUGAUCAUAAAAAUUACCUUUUGAUGUUUUAGAAGAUUUUACAGCUAAAUAAUCAUGUCAAGUUAAUGAUGUGUGCUUUAUUUUAUAUAUGUUUUUAUUAAUUUUUUCAAUCAUUUUGAAGAUGCUUUUAAUGCUAGAAAUAUAUAUAUAUAUAAAUCAUAUUUUUAGACAAGACUAUUUUUUGUUAAACAGUCAAGAGUAUUCAAAAUGUAUUUAAAAAAUCUGACAGGUGAUUGAUAUCCAAAUAAGAAGAAGAAAGAUUAUUAUGGACGGAACUUUAGAACAAAUAUUUAGUAUAAUAACCAUCAAUGUUUGCCAAUUUGAGCUGUUUUGUGAUCUCUCCAAAAGAUUUUAAAUUGUAUACAUAUGCAGUAUAAUUAUACCAUAUACAGUAAUUCUGGGAAAAACUGACAAUUGUUGAUAAACUAAAAAAUAAAGGUUAUUACUUCUACAAUAUGUAGAUUAAUUGAUGUUCACUUUUAAAAUUGUUCUGUGUGUUUUAUUUCAAAAUUGUUAUCUUCCAUUGAAAUGCAAUAUUUAGCUGAUAGUUAUUUUGUGCAAUAAUGAAUUUGUAUAAUAGCUUUACAACUUUUAUUAUAUUUAUCUACAUGUAUUUUAUUUUUUGCAAUUAUACACACACAUUUUCUGUAGUUGGUCAGUUUCAUAACCUGUCACAUUUGUUAUUAAUUUGCAUUUAGAAAGUUAUUGUUUUUCUUUAGUUGAAUGUUAACUUAUCUGGAUCAUAGGGCCAUAUAAGGUAUUGACUUCAUUAGGCAUUCUUCAUCAUUGAGGAGUUGGAUUAGAGACCAGAAAUUUCCAUAUUUUGUCUUUUUUGUAUUAACAAGGCUAGAUAUUUUUAAUCUUUACAAAAGGGAUGAUUGGCUCCCUUUUUGCCUCAUUUAAUGCAGAUCAGGUCACAUUAUACAUAACUGCAAAGAUUCCACAUAGUAUCACAUUCAGUUCUGUGGGAAAUCACAUUUUCAUUUUUUUUUUUCAGAUUCCAUCUUUUUCUCUGAAAAACUUAACCGAAUCUGGCUGAAAUAAUUUCCUCUGAAAUACCUCCUUCCAUUCUAGUUUGAUAUCAACACCAAAACUUGGAAAAAUCUUGUAAAGGACCAAUUUGGACUAAAUUAAAAAGGCUGAAUAGUCUUUGGGCUCAAGAGUGUCUUACAUUGUGUAUAAAAUUCAAGUCAGCAAUAUAGUGUUAUUUGGACCUACAGUUUCGGUCGUACUAUAUUUUUUUAUGAUUUUAACUUGAUAAAAAAUUGAAAUAGUUAUUUUUACACAUUUUAUUUGUUAGUGUAUUAGAUUUUGAAUACAGAAGAAAAUUUUCUAAUUACAAAAAUGAAGUCCAUGUUUAAAUUUUAGUAUUCAGGACCAAUUUUAACUUGAAAUCAUAAACCUGAAAAUAAAUGUGAAAUUCUCCAUUAAUAUUGAUUUCUUGAUUAAGAAUGUAAAUAUUUUUCUAUGUUAUAGAUAUAUGCAAAAUGUUUAUAUUCCAUAGAGUAUCACUCAUAAUAUAUGUAAUACGAAAGUUCUAUAAAUUUCAUUAAAUGAUAUACAUUGAGGAUUUACCAGUAUGAAAGAACAGUACUAAAGAUUCCUUCUGCAAGAACUCAAUAAAAUCAAACAAAUUUUUAUAUAAAUAAUGAUUCUUGUUUUAUGAUGAUAUUAAAUGUGUACUAUUUUAUCAAAAAAUGUUUGAUACAUUAAAUGAAAGUUAUAUGUAUUAAAAAAUAUGUAGAUAA